UAUUCUCUAAACCAAAGAAGAAGAAACGAGAAGAGGAGUAGAGGAAGAGUAACUAUAAGAAGGAGAAGGAGAAGGAGAAGAAGAAGAAGAAGAAGAAGGGGAUAGAAGCUAGGUAGCUAGAACCUCACCUACAACACCUAAACACUGAGACAGUGAAUAUUGUUGUGUAGGUGAGAUGGAAAAACAAGAUAGCAAAGAACAAGGCAGAUUGGAUGGAUUAGUAGAACUGAAUGAGUCUAAUACAACAACAAGAAGAUCAUCAGGAGGAUCAGGUGGUGGUGGUCACUCUGUUAGUUUUCUACAUGGCAGUAAUAGUAGUAGUAAUGGUAAUAUUGCUGCACCAUCAGGAAGUACAUUUGGAACAUAUCUUCCUUUUGAUCUCAGUCGUCAAUCCAUGACCACUACUGGUGAUCAAAGAGGCAACAUUAAUAUUAAUAAUAGUAAUAAUGUCCAACACCAUGGUAGCUCAGCUACUUAUGCAACUGCAGCAAAUUCCAAUUAUCCCUACCGUCGCAGAAGUACUGUGUCAUCAUCAUCAUCAGCAGCAGCAGGAGGAAGCCCUUACAGUGGUCCUAGUUUGUCACAUGAAGCACUUCCUCCUGUUGAUCAUCAUGCAGCUGAUCAGAGAUCUAAGGGUUCAGCUUACAGUAUGCCAAAGGCGUUUCUCUUUGGUAGCACUAGUUCCCAAGCUCAAGCUCCUUCAGCAUAUGAUGAACUGAAGCUAAUUGAAAACAUUGCUGAUACCUUAAGUCCAGCUGAAGUGAGACAUCUUCUGUUCCAAGGGCAUGAGAAUGAGCAUAUGGCUGCCUCUCUUCUCCACCCUAACAUUGGAAGUAAUGUUUCACCCCAAUGGCGCCAGAAUCAUGAUAAUCUUCUUGUUGGCCAAUUACCUCCUCGUCCUCAUCUUGUUGAUUUGAGAACAAGUUGCAUAUACUGUUACCAGAAUAUAUCAACUGGGAAUACAACUGUUUCAAAACGUUCAUGUGGCCAUUAUUUCCAUAACAAUUGCUUUCAUCUUCAAUCUGAAUCCAUGAAGGGUCAGCAUAUCUGGAUCACUGACUGCCAUUUCUGCCAGUUAGAGAAGCAUUGAAGCAUAAGUAAAGACUCAGGAGGUUUUCAAGCUUGAUGGGCUUCUCCUUCUCUUAUUUCUGUCUUUUUGAUCCGUUUUAAGUUAAAACCAUUUUGACUUAUUAGCAGUUUCUUCUGGAUCAAUAAUUUCAAAUAAAUUUUAGUGGUUUAAUUGGAAACUUGUAGUUUGUGAACAAUUUAAUGAGGGAUUUUACAUAAAACAAAUCUUUGAUUGUUGGGUUAGAGACUAAA